AUGUUCGGUGCCAGCCAGUCCUCCAAGGCGCAGUUCCUGGACAAGGCCCGGCAGGCGCGGGAGGAGCGGCGGGAGCUGAAGGAGCGGGAACGCGCGGCGCUGCAGCUCCAGGCGCUGGUCAGGAGGUUCCUCUGUCGCUGCCGCCUGCAGAGGGAGAUCAGGAGGGAAGUGGAUGAUUUCUUAGGGGCUGAUGAGUCUGGCUCGAGCAAGAGAAGUGCUCUUUCCAUCUUCAGAAUUGCCAGGAAGCUGCUGUUUGUGUUUAAUCAGAAGGAGGACAAAGAGAGAUUUGAAAAGCUGUGCCGGUGUGUUCUGAAUAGUAUGGAUGUGGAGAAUGAGCCCAAGGUAUGGUAUGUGUCACUGGCACUCUCCAAGGAUCUCACACUCCUAUGGAUCAAACAGAUCAAAGACAUCUUGUGGUUUUGCUGUGAAUUUCUCAAGCAGCUUAAGCCUGACAUCCUGCAAGACUCCAGGCUGGUCAAUCUGCACCUCACAAUGCUUGUCACCUUCACAGAUACUUCCACCUGGAAAAUCCUUCGGGGAAAAGGUGAAACCCUGAGGCCUGCCAUGAACCACAUCUGUGCAAACAUCAUGGGACAUCUCAACCAGAAGGGCUUCUAUUCUGUGUUGCAGAUUCUUCUCACUAAUGGCUUGGCAAGAUCCAGACCCUCCCUGUCCAAAGGCUCCCUAACCGCCAUCUUCUCCCUGGCGCUGCGCCCUGUGGUUGCUGCGCAGUUCUCGGACAAUCUGUUGAGGUCGUUCCUGAUCCAUGUCAUGUCUGUGCCUGCUAUAAUGACUCAUCUUGCUACUCUAACACCUGAGCGUCUGGCAGUGAUAGAAUCUCAGGAUCUUUUCCGCAAGUUCAUCCUGUUUUUAAGCCGUGAAACCCAAUGCAGAGAUGUCUGCAUGUGCCUAGAAGGGAGUCACACUCUUUGUCUCUUGGGGAACCUGGUGUACUUGGGCUCCUUGAAUGAUAAAGUCCUGGAAGAAGAGACAGCUUAUUUUGUGGGUGUGCUCAUCCACAUGCUCUCCUACUGCCAGAAGUAUGUUUCACAGAAGAAAUCCAACCUCACCCACUGGCAUCCUGUUCUGGGCUGGUUUUCUCAGACUGUGGAUUAUGGAUUGAAUGAGUCCAUGCCUCUGCUGACCAAGCAACUGCAGCAUCUCUGGGGAGUUCAUAUGAUCCGCAUCCUCUUCAGUGAUGUGCUCAGCAAGAAAUUGCUGGAGAAUCAGGAAACAGCUCAGCUGGCAGCACAGCCAGUUUCCCCUCAGAACAGCCUUCCCAUGAAGAAUCUCUUCAAGAGAGCUUUCCAGAAGUCUGCGUCUGUCCGCAACAUCCUCAGGCCUGUGGGGGGCAAGCGGGUGGACUCAGCAGAGGUGCAGAAGGUCUGCAGCAUCUGUGUCCUCUACCAGACCACACUCACCACCCUCACACAGAUCCGUCUGCAGAUCCUCACAGGCCUCACUUACCUGGAUGAUCUGUUGCCCAAAUUAUGGGCUUUUAUCUGUGAGCUGGGACCACAGGGUGGGCUGAAACUCUUCUUGGAGUGCCUGAAUAACGACACAGAGGAAUCCAAGAGGCUGCUGGCCAUGUUGAUGCUCUUCUGUGACUGCUCCCGCCACCUCAUCACGAUUCUUGAUGACAUUGAGGUCUAUGAAGAGCAGAUUUCAUUCAAACUGGAGGAGCUUGUUACCAUCUCAUCUUUUCUGAAUUCCUUUGUGUUUAAGAUGAUCUGGGAUGGAAUUGUAGAGAAUGCCAGAGGGGAGACCCUGGAGCUGUUCCAUUCUGUGCAUGGCUGGCUGAUGGUGCUGUACGAGCGGGACUGUCGCCGGCGCUUUGCCCCCGAGGACCAUUGGCUGCGCAAGGACCUCAAGCCCAGCGUGCUCUUCCAGGAGCUGGACAAGGACAAGAAACGAGCCCAGCUGCUCCUGCAGUACAUCCCACAUGUCAUUCCCCACAAGAAUAGGGUGCUGCUUUUCCGAAAUAUGGUUACAAAGGAGAAGGAGAAGCUGGGGCUGGUUGAAACCAGCUCUGCAUCACCUCACGUCACACACAUCACGAUCCGCCGCUCCCGCAUGUUGGAGGAUGGGUAUGAGCAGCUACGGCAGCUUUCCCAGAAUGCUAUGAAGGGAGUGAUCAGAGUGAAGUUUGUGAACGAUCUAGGAGUUGAUGAGGCUGGUAUUGACCAAGAUGGUGUCUUCAAAGAGUUUCUGGAAGAGAUAAUAAAGAAGGUGUUUGACCCUGCACUCAACUUGUUCAAGACAACCAGUGGUGAUGAGAGGCUAUAUCCAUCUCCAACGUCCUACAUCCAUGAGAACUACCUACAGCUCUUUGAGUUUGUGGGGAAGAUGCUUGGGAAGGCUGUAUAUGAGGGAAUAGUUGUGGAUGUGCCAUUUGCUUCCUUCUUUUUGAGUCAGCUGUUGGGGCACCACCACAGUGUCUUCUACAGUUCCGUAGAUGAACUUCCCUCCUUGGACUCUGAGUUCUAUAAAAAUCUCACUUCAAUUAAGCGUUAUGAUGGCGAUAUCAGUGACUUGGGCUUGACACUCUCCUAUGAUGAAGAUGUGAUGGGUCAGCUUGUUUGCCAUGAACUUGUUCCUGGAGGGAAGACCAUUCCUGUUACCAAUGAAAAUAAGAUCAGCUACAUCCACCUCAUGGCUCACUUCCGGAUGCACACACAGAUCAAGAGCCAGACAGCAGCUCUCAUCAGUGGGUUCAGGUCCAUCAUCAAACCUGAGUGGAUUCGGAUGUUCUCUGCACCGGAGCUGCAGCGGCUGAUCUCUGGUGACAAUGCUGAGAUUGACCUCGAGGACUUAAAAAAGCACACGGUGUACUAUGGGGGCUUCCAUGGGAGUCACCGAGUCAUUAUCUGGCUGUGGGACAUCUUGGCCAAUGACUUCAGCCCUGAGGAGAGAGCCAUGUUCCUCAAGUUUGUUACCAGUUGCUCCAGGCCUCCACUCUUGGGCUUUGCCUACCUCAAGCCUCCUUUCUCCAUCCGCUGCGUGGAAGUCUCUGAUGAUCAGGACACAGGGGACACGCUGGGCAGCGUCCUGAGGGGCUUCUUCACCAUCCGCAAGAAGGAGCCGGGCGGGCGGCUCCCAACCUCCUCCACCUGCUUCAACCUCCUCAAGCUUCCCAACUACAGCAAGAAGAGCAUCCUGCGGGAGAAGCUGCGCUAUGCCAUCAGCAUGAACACUGGCUUUGAGCUCUCCUAGUUGCCCUGGGCUCAGAGCUGCUGGCUGCUGCUGGAGGUGGAGGCCUCCACACACAGGGCAUGUAUAAGCUCCACGGGAGACGACUGCUCACUCGAGGGCUGGGGAGAUCCAGCUGAUAAUAAGGGUUUACAGGGAAGAGCUUCUGGGCCAGACAGAGCUGGCUCUUCUUGGGCACUUCUCCAGGAUGAAGGAGGUGAUGGGCCUGACCCAAUACACUUCAUUUGACACCCACGUAAAUUGUCUUUAAAAAGCAAACCCCGGGGGAGCGCAAAAGGAACACUGCAAGUGCCAGUCAGAUUAGUGACCGUAGUACC